ACGAAAAAUUGACAGUUACGCCUGAAAAGCGAAACGCGAAACACGUCUGCUCAACGAAACGGAAAUAAUCGCAGUGCAAUAAUAAAAUUUGUUGAGAAAUUGUGAUUUUUUGCUGUUACAUAUUAACCGUUAAGUGUGCGAAAACUUUGUAAAUUGAAAACGAAAAUAAUUGUUGGUGUUUAAAGAAAGCUGUCUUGAGUUGAAGUGACGUACGUGCCAACAACAAAAUUAUUUAUCAACAGCAGAUACUACCACUCAAUAUACGUCAGCAAGCGUAAAUAUAAAAUAAAAAUAAAUAAAACCACUCAAACAAUAAAAAACAACAAAAAAAAAAAAAAAACAAUACUCUAACAACAAAGUCAACAAAAGCAUCUGUGGCAAAAGUCAACAGUAAUCAGUGCGUUCAGUGAGGUCAAUGACGAGAACGUCUCAUUGAAUUUGUGAACUGCUAAAUUUCAGCUAGCAAUAUAUCUGGUUUUAAACCUGCCUUGCCAUCACUGUUUGUACAAACUCAAGUGUCCUGCCACUUCACGCAACUUAAGCACAGCAGAAACUACUUCAUCUCUCGAGAAACUCAAUAAAUAAGCGAAGUGUAGAAGAAUUAACGAACCAACAACCGAUCGAUAUCAUCGUUAGCCAUCGUAACUUAACAUUUUUCGUGCGAGCAGUCAUUCAUUCAUUGUCCAACUGAAGUGCGACAUCAAGUGUGUCAAGGCGCAGAAGACCGUUACCACCGAUAACAUUAUUGUGGUUGUUAUUUUCUUUUGAUUUAUCCAACGGUUUUUCGCGCAUCGUCGUCGCUGUAAACAAUGGUUGCAAUCGAACAUCGUCAAAAGUCAUCGACAGCAGCAACAGCAACAGCGACAGCGUCUUCAGCAGCAACAAUCAAUAUAGCCGUAUUAUCGCCAACAUCGUCCGCCUCAUCAACAUCGGCUGCAUCGAAUACGACCACCACCACCACUUCGAGCAUUCAACAACAGCAGCAGCAACAACAACAACAAUUACAAAUAAAGAAAGAGGAGCAGGAGGAGAAACCGCAUUUGGUGGACGACGAGAUAUUGAAAACCAAUCAGAAAUCGCCAAUAAAACAGAAACUGGCUAAAAUGUCGGAGUUGGAAUCACCCGCCGAGAUACAAAAUUCGGAGAAGAAACAAGCACAUAAAUCUACUGCCGGCGCCGUCUCGAAGAGUGCGGUUAGUCAGCGUAAUGUCGAUAUAAAGAUUGCCAAAAAAUCGAACUUGGAUGCGGCCACUAAGGAGCUUACGAAGAAAGUACUCAAAUUGGAUUUGACGGGGAAGGAGUUGGACGAAUUUUCGAUUAAAUCACCCAAAUCUCCAAUUGCGCGCUUACCACAUCAAACAUCACUUACCUCCUCAGUCGAUGUGGAGGAUCGCAAAACGUUACGUGAGGCCUUAUACCAGGGUAUAUUUCAUCGUCAUCGAAGAACCAUCUUUGCCGUCGGCAGCUUCUUACGCAUGUUACGCAGUCGCAAUUCACAAUACAACACCAUACGCAGCUCAUCCGAGGGCGAGGAUGUGGAUGAGGUUAGAUAAGACAAUGAAAAUGUGUAGACACACCAAUCUACAGUUAUAAAUCAAUAAAUUAACGGUUAUAUGAGAAAGAAAGAUACAAAAAAUCAUACAAACACAUAUGCAUGCAUACAAACAAUUAUAUAUUAUAUGUAUAUGUAUCAUAAAGCAUAGGAGGUAAUGAUAAGCGUAUAUAUGUUACGUGAGCGAUAUAAAUAAAAUAUUACUGUUAACAAAUGCAAAUCAUACAAGCAGAGAUACAACAAAUAGGUACAAUGUUGAUGGUGCGUUAGUGCGGACGCGCCUGAAUCUACCACAUAUUCAGUUAUAUAUUUAUUUGAUGGUAUGAAUAUACGCCGUCUACGCUACGCCAAACCUUCUAGCGUGAGGAAUCGAACAAGCAAGUGGUAUAAAUGCAAGCGACUGGUAUAAACUGUAAGUAGCGCAAGAGCAAGCGUUUUUCUAUCACCUUUGUGCACUACACACAUGCUCUCUUGUAUUGAAUGGAACUAUACUGUUGCUCGCCAUUUUACAUUUUUUGGUAAGCAAGCGGCGAAACGAAGACGGUUAAGGCAGGCAGACAAUACACAAUAACAAGGAAG